CCCAUUGAGCAGCUCCCUCUCUACGAGCCAUGGCCGCUGCAGCCGCCCGCGGAGGGCUUUGCGGGGCGAAGCUGGCGCGGCUCGUCCUGGGCAGCCGGGCUGCUUCGACCGGCACCCCCGCAGCUCCAGCGCCCGAUGGGCAGCGCCAGCAGGAGCAGCAAGGGAAGCUCACCCGCGUGUGGCAGAGCGAAGGCAUCAGGAAUAUUGUCCUGAGCAACCCUGGGAAAAGGAAUGCGCUCUCUCUCGCCAUGCUGAAGUCCCUCCGUCAGGAUAUUUUGCAGGAUAUUGAGAGCAUGGAUCUGCGCGUCAUUAUCAUUUCAGCUGAAGGUCCUGUGUUCUCCUCUGGGCAUGACUUGAAGGAACUGACUCCAAAGGAAGACACAAAACAGCACAUGGACAUCUUCCAAACCUGUUCAGAGGUCAUGACCUUGCUUCCAAAGCUACCCGUGCCCGUGAUUGCCAAAGUAAAUGGCCUCGCCACAGCCGCCGGUUGCCAGCUGGUGGCCAGCUGUGACAUUGCCGUGGCCAGCGAGAAGUCCAAGUUCGCCACGCCUGGAGUGAACGUGGGCCUCUUCUGUUCGACGCCCGCAGUAGCCAUUGGAAGAUCCCUGCCUAAAAAGGUGGCACUGGAGCUCCUCUUCACCGGAGCACCCAUGACAGCCCAGGAUGCCCUUCUCCAUGGACUCAUCAGCCGAGUUGUACCCGAGGACCAGCUGGAAAGCGAGACCCUGAAAAUCGCCCACAAGAUUUGCCAAAGCAGCCGGGCCGUGUUAGCUCUGGGGAAGGCCACAUUUUACAAGCAGAUGGAACACGAUAUUAGCACGGCCUAUCAGAUAGCUUCCCAGGUCAUGGUGGACAACCUGGCUAUGAAGGACGGACAGGAAGGAAUCGAGGCUUUCAUCUCUAAACGCAAACCCAACUGGUUCCAUUCUUGAAAGAAACAUUUCCAAGAAACAUCUAGGCCAGUGUUUUUCAACAUGAAGAUGUGUGGACUUCAACUCCCAGAAUCCCCCGGCCAGACAGACAGAGAGAAUUCUGGGAGCUGAAGUCCACACAUCUUCACGUAGCCAUGGUUGAAAAACAUUUGAUUUAAGAUCUCUAAGAGCCUUUUAUUUGGUCAAUAAAACCAGUUUUGGGUUUCCCAAACCUGCUUUGAAUGUCCCAGGACUUUCAGCUUGUUUUACGGAAUCCCUUAUUGGCCUAUGAAUAUUGGUUUAAAAAGAUGGUUAUGAAUUUAAUGGUUACACGUUACUCUAUAACAGACUCUGAUUGAGGGUGCUAAGCCAUUGUUUGCCUAACCACAAUGUAAUAAAUAAACCACCAUAUCUGAAUGUACUAGUA